AUGCUCAGCCACUGGUUCGAGAAAACGUUGUUAGGUGUGAAUAAUUCUGGGUCACUAGGCAACAGACCAACAGGCAUUCAGAUGUCAGAAAACUCCUUUCUUAGCCGUUUUUUCUCUUCUCUCGCUCUCAAAAUAUUGUGCUUCCAUUUCAUGCUCUUUCCAUCCUCUCUUCCCAAAUAUAUUCGAUUGAUUUUCUUUGCAGAACUGGCUGAAAAGAAACUUUGAUGGAAAGAAUACGACGACUGGUGAGUUGCAUUAUAAAAGAAACGGAAAAAAAGAAAACGCUUCCAGUAAAAUGACUGUCUUCAUCAAGACGAAAACGAACUGCUGCGGACGGUCAUGGUGCGUGCGGGAUCCGUGCGGAAUCAUGUGCGCCGUCGUCACGUGGAUGCUCGUCGCGUACGGACAGAUCUGCGUAUUUCUGGUCAUGCUCUAUUCGUGGGAAGAAUAUCCCUUCCACACUGCACUCAACUUUAUCAUUUUUGAAGGGUUCAGUGUGCUCGCCGUGAUCAGCCAUCUAAAGGUUUUUUUUUCAAAAUUUUGGAUUAUAUUAGACUUUUUUAGACGAUGACAACCGAUCCAGGCGCAGUUGCAAAAGGAGACGCGACGGAUGAAGUGCUCGAACGGAUCCAGUUGCUGAAUGGUCCGCCCGUCUACAAGUGCAACAAGUGCUCGAGCAUCAAGCCGGACCGAGCUCAUCACUGUUCGGUCUGUGAACGGUGUAUACGACGGAUGGACCACCACUGUCCGUGGGUGAACAACUGUGUCGGAGAAGGAAAUCAAAAGUUCUUCGUGUUAUUCACAGUACGUUUCCCUCUCUGCCAACACCAUUUGCCAUUUUCCUUCCAGAUGUACAUUGCCCUUUUAUCGUUGCACGCCCUGUACUGGGGCAUUUGGCAGUUUAUUCUGUGCGUUGGCGCCGAAUGGCAAAGGUGCUCUUCGUUGGCGCCGCCUGGAACAACACUCCUUCUCAUCUUCCUGCUUUUCGAAUCGAUUCUGUUCGCGAUAUUCACGGCAGUCAUGUUCGGAACGCAGAUCUCGUCAAUUUGCAACGAUGAGACUACAAUCGAGUCUAUGAAAAGGUACAUUGAUUCUGGUCGUUUUUCAUUCGAAAAAAGUUACUUUUCAGCCGGAAUUCUAUGAUGGACGAAGAAGAUCGAAAUCGAAACAAUUCAUGGAAGAACUUGCAAAUGGUGUUCGGAGGGCCGUUCGGAAUCCGCUGGUUCAAUCCGCUGGCGAAUCCAUUCAUCUCUAGGCCCACUUUCGAAUAUUCCGUCUGA